AUGUUGUCAAACAGUCGAGCAGCGCGAGUCCCAAAAUGCGCUCGAUGUCGAAACCAUGGAAUGAUAUCCACGUUAAGGGGCCACAAGAAACAGUGCAUUUAUAAAAAUUGCGCUUGCAACAAAUGCGGACUCAUCAAGGAGAGGCAAAGAAUAAUGGCGGCGCAGGUCGCGUUGAAACGUCAACAGGCCGCCGAAGACGCUAUAGCUCUGCACCUGGCAUCAGCAGAGAGCGGAACCACCUACGAGUACCUUCCCCCAGGUCGAAUCUACGGCAUGCAGGUCACCUCUCCCGAAUCAGACUCCUCCGACAACGCCGUCGAUCCACAAUCUCCUGCAGAACAGAACCAAGAAGAGGUCUUGGUCAGUCCAGCUUCCAUAGACAUGCUCGCCAAGCUCUUCCCCAACAAAAAGCGAGCGGUUUUGGAGUUGGUCCUGAAGCGGUGUAACCACGACCUUCUGAAGGCCAUAGAGCACUUUAAUCUGAACAACAACCACAAACAAGAAGAUUCGGACUCGAGUAGCUCUAAGGCAGAGUCCGCUUCGGCGUUUAGGCCAGUUGGUAGCUCUGUGAAGAUGUCGAAGCCUUACGUUAGUACUCAUUCUGGGGCUUUGCCCUUUAUUUCGAGCAACAAGGUCUUCAUGCACAGCUUGUACCCGUUUUUGCCGCUUUUUAAUCCACAACCCGUGCUGCCUAGUCCGGUGUAUGUUCCGGGGUUCUGCGAGUGCGAACAGUGUAAGCACGGGCUCUACAGUAGAAUAGAUUCUUCUAGACCUUAA